UUGUCUUAGCUUUUUAAUAUCUCAAAUUUUAUUUGAAAAAUAUUUUUUAGCAAUUUUUAAUAAUUUAAACAAAACUUCUUUUGAAAUGGCUGGUGUUGCUUUACGUCGAUUAAUGACAGAAUAUAGACAAUUAGUUCAAAACCCAACAGAAGGAAUUGUAGCCGGACCAAAGGAUGAGGAAAACUUUUUUGAAUGGCAUUGCCUAAUUGCUGGGCCAGUAGGGACUUGUUUUGAACAUGGACUGUUUCCUGCAAAGCUGACAUUUUCUGAGGACUAUCCACUAAGCCCGCCAAAGAUGCAAUUUUUGUGUGAUAUCUUCCAUCCAAAUAUUUAUCCAGAUGGGAGGGUUUGUAUAAGGUUGGUUUGUAGAUUAUUUUAGUUACUUUUCGUCCUCUAACGAAAAGAGGACGCCAAAUUUAAUCACUAAAUUUUUGGGAGUUUUAGCCGGGCCAAAGGUCCCCAAAUUUUUUGAUGGGAGAAUUUUUAUUUAUUUAUUUAUUUAUU